AGCCCUUUGGCUGAAUCAUGUCGCUACGGGAGUGGCAGCAACGGCUUUUGGACUUGGCGCAGGAGCAGCAUGAGGCCUGGAUGGAUGCGCUGCAAGCCAUGGAGGCCGAGAACAACUGCGAAGCAGGGCUGAGUCUCAGCGCCUUGGUGUGCACCUCCGUGCCCAAGCCGCUGGAAGAGGAGCCGACACAGAGCCCCUGGGAGCUGCUCUCGCCAAGGAAUGAGUCAGCACCAUCCCUGGAAGUCGGGUCCCUCAGCGUUGUCCACGCACUGUCAGUCCCGGAAAGCCCGGGCCGGCUGUCGAACAGCCGGCGAUCCUCGCAAUCCACCGGUGUGCAGUCGCUGAUGGCUGGCAAGCCUCCUUCACAUCACCUGGAAGAUAGGAUGGACAAGCUCAGCGCCAUCAUGGUGAUGGUGAACUGCGUUACUAUGUUAUUGGAGCUGGAGAUGGAAGGGAGAAUCAUCGGGGUGAAUAUCGGAAUGGUCAGUGCCAACGAGAAUGCUCUUGCCGGUGCUUCCCUACCCGUCCUGCAGUACAUCGACCUGGGCUUGCUGUUCUUUUUCCUGGUCGAAACUCUGGUCCGGCUGAGCCUUCAGCACCUCCAGUUCUUCACCGACCUCGCAAACAUCUUCGACCUGUUCCUGGUGGUUUCUGGCAUCGUGGAUGCCUCUGCAAGCGGCUUGCUGAGCCCUCACAGUUCUGGCAGCUCUGGUUGGCGUUUGGUCAGAGCCCUCAAGGCCCUCCGUGCCUUUCGAAUGGUCAGAAGCUUCCGGCUCUUCCGAGGGCUAAGGGUGUUGGUGCAGGCCUGCCAGUGCUUCCUGCCCUCCCUGUUUUGGUCCAUGUUCAUGCUUGGGAUUUUCAUGAUCAUCGGCGCCCUGCUCAUGGGAAAUUUGCUGCAAGGAUUCUUAGAGGAGCCGGAAGGGCUCUUGGAAGACAGGCAGUGGAUCUGGCUGCGCUACGGCACCGCACACACAGCGGCCUACACUCUCUUUGAAAUUACAUUUGCUGGGAAUUGGCCUACAAAUGUGAGGCCAGUGCUUGAGAAGGUCAGUCAGAGCUUCAUCUUGUUCUUUGCUUCGUACAUUGCAAUAGUCGUUUUUGCAGUGAUCCGAGUGAUCAGCGCCGUGUUUCUGAGAGACACGCUGGAAGCUGCUCAGAGCGACGCGGAGCACAUGGUGACUGAAAGGCUGCAGAAAAAGGCGCAGGAUGUUGAGAAGCUGGAAGGCGUCUUCAGAGACAUCGAUGAAUCAGGAGAGGGGCUCAUCACUGAGGACGUGUUGAAUCGUGUGCUGGCGAACCCAAAGGUCAGGGCCUAUUUCCAGACGCUAGGUCUUGACGUCCAUGAAGGAACUGCGCUGUUUCAUCUUUUAGAUAAUGGAGAUGGAGAAGUGACGCUUGACGAGUUCAUUGGUGGAAUCAUGCGCUGCCGCGGGCCUGCACGGGCCAUCGACCAAGUGGCUCUUCAAGCUGAUUUCAAGAAGCUGGAUCUCAAACUGGUCAAGAUAAUGCACCAUUUGGAAAUGCGUGAGGAGACGCUGUCUCAAGCAAGUCAGGAAAGGCAGAUGAGGCGCGCUGAAAGCGUGCGGAUUUUCAGUUUUGAUGCAUCUGUGGAGUUGGGGAGGGCUUGGUGACAAGCGACGAUUUUGUUUCAGACUCUGCCGUGGCUAAAGAC